AUGGGAGCCGUCUUAUCUUGCUUGGGCUUCACCGCGUCCGCCAUAUUUGCAGGAAUAACGGGCUUCAUCACUGCAUGUGCCGGGCUCGCCAUGACCACCGCCAUGUUCUUCCAGGAUCUCUUCUGCGGUUGCCGCCCAGGCGAGCACAUCCGAGAACGGAAUGAGAAGCGGAGACACGUCCGCGUUGUCGAGCACCCGAACCACCCACUCGCGAUCGCACCACUGGAAAUGGCGCAGAGCCCGAAACAAUAA